AUGUCCUCCGACAAAGAACAAAAAACCCAAGACCCCAAACCCCACGAAUCCAUGUACGACAACGAAAAACAAAUCCAACGCAACCCCCACGGCAACUUCAAAGAAGUCGAAGCCUCUCGCCCAGGAUGGGACAAUGAUGCCACCUGGCACUACACCCAAACCAGAAACCCCUCCUGGAAACCCGGCGACGGCGCCAACGACAAUGGCGAAAGCCUCAAAAAGAACCACAUCUGCAUCGACCCCUACGAAGACGGCCGCCCAGCAACAUUCAACUACAAACUCCUCAUCUCCGCCAUCAUCCCCCGCCCGAUCGGCUUCGUAUCCACACGUUCAAAGGAUGGCACCUCGACGAAUCUCGCGCCGUUUUCUUAUACCCAAGUCAUCAACCACGAUCCGCCCGUUUUCAUCGUGGGGUAUGCCGGCGGUUUCGACAAGCAGAAGGAUUCGUUGAAGAACUUGAUGGAGUCGGGCGAGUGUACUAUUAAUAUUAUUAGUGAGCAUUACCUGGAAGCGGCGAAUGCUACGAGUGUUAAUGCACCGUAUGGGGUGUCGGAGUGGGCGUUGACGGGGUUGACGCCGGCGGAGUGUGAGGUUGUGAAGGCGAGUAGGGUGAAGGAGGCGGUGUUUAGUGUGGAGGGGACGUUGAUGAACACUCAAGAAUUCGAAUCGAGGGCAACACCAGGCAAGAAGACCGGCGUCCUAGCAGUGAUUGAAGGCGUCCGCUUCUGGGCGAGAGAAGAUGCCAUCAAUGAGGACAAGAACAUCAUCGACCCAGCAAUUCUCCGCCCCAUGAGCCGUCUCGGCGGCAUCACGUAUGGACGCCUCCUCGAGGGGAUUGAGCUGCCACGACCAGACUGGAACGAGUUCAAGAAGGAAGCCGAGCCAGCCGGACUCGCGAAGCCGAAGGCAGAUGGGCAGUGA